UAUUUUACCCCAAAUUUCAGAAAUUACACCGCAAAAAUAACCAAAUAAGUGUAUUGUUAUUCUUUUGUUUUGGGGUUGGCUGUGAAUUCCCAGUUCCCAAUCAGACUGUGGAACCUUAAGAUCUGACCAAGAAAAAGUCUUGUGCGAAGCAAUUAAAGCAAACCCAACCCCCAAAAUCCACCACGCAAAUCACACACACAACACACACUGACUGACUGCCGGUACCAUUACCUUAUCAUAUAUGACUUCCGAUCUGAUCUGGUGAUAAUGAGGCGGCGUGAUUUAGUAUCCAGAGGCGGCGGCGGGGUGUGAAUGAAAUGCAGCCGGGUAAUAAUCCACUGACACUGCCAUUUCCACUUAGUCCGUUACUGCUAUUGAAUGCCGCUGGAGGCGGCGUUGGUGAUUUGGGAGAGGGAGGGUUCGAAUUGUCGAGGUAUUUGUUCCUAGGAUCGCUCCUCUUCUAUCGAGAAGGAGGCGGCAUGGACCUGUCCAAGGUCGGUGAGAAGAUUCUCAGCUCCGUUCGCUCUGCGCGCUCCCUUGGUCUCCUGCCUUCUACAUCCGAUCGUCCUGAGGUUCCAGCACGAGCUGCUGCGGCAGCAGCUGUAGCCCGUGUUCUUGCUGCACUACCUUCAGAUCAGAGGCAUAAUCUCUCUUCCAGCUCUGAAGAAUUAAGUUCAAUAUACGGGAGCAGAUCUCAAGGUCCAGCUGUUGAUGAACUCGAGAAAGAAUUCUAUGAGGAGGAUUUUGAUCCUGUUAGAUAUAUUUUACAACAAAUUCCCUCUGAAGAAAAAGAGCCAGCAUAUUUUGAGGAAAAGGCCGCUCUUCGACUAGCACAACUGGAUAGAAUUUCUGAGCGCUUGUCACGCCAUGUGAUGGAACAUCAUGAAGAAAUGGUGGAGGGGAUGAAUCUGGUAAAAGAGUUAGAGAAGGACUUGAAGAUUGCAAAUGUUAUUUGCAAGAAUGGGCAAAGGCACCUGACAUCUUCAAGGAAUGAGGUGUCUAGGGAUCUUGUUGUUACAGAAAGUUCAAAAAAGAAACAAGCCCUCCUGGAGAUGCUCCCCAUCCUAACUGAGCUUCGUCAUGCAGUGGACAUGCAAGCGGUUCUUGAUACUUGUGUUGAGGAAGGGAAUUUCUCUAAGGCUUUCCAAGUACUAUCCGAGUAUUUGCAAGUUCUAGAUAGUUUGUCAGAACUUUCUGCAGUGCAAGAGAUGAGCCGUGGUGUUGAGGUUUGGUUGGGAAAAACUUUGCAAAAGUUGGAUUCACUUCUAUUAGAAGUAUGCCAGGACUUCAAAGAGGAUGCCUAUCUCACUGUGGUCGAUGCGUAUGCACUAAUUGGUGAUGUUUCUGCUCUAGCUGAAAAGAUACAAAGCUUCUUUAUGCAGGAGGUUCUCUCUGAAAGUCACUCUGCAUUGAGGACUAUUUUGCAAGAGGAUGCUGAACACCCCAAUUUGCAAACUGCUAGGCUUACCUACAGUGAUUUGUGCAUUCAGAUACCUGAAUCCAAGUUCAGGCAGUGUUUACUAGCAACAUUAGCCGUUCUCUUUAAGCUGAUGUGUUCAUAUUAUGCAAUAACGAGCUUCCGACUAGAAGAUAAAGUGUUACCCUGCCAUAAUUCCAGUGGGAGACAACAGGGUAACUCAGCUGGGGUCUCUGAGGAUCCUGAGAGGGAAGUAACUUCUACUUCGCUGGUAGAAGAUGGGUCCGUCUCUGCAUCAACUGAUGAGAGAAGAGAUGAUGGAACUGGAGCAUCAAGUAGUGGAUCCACUUGGUUCUCAUUGCGUAAAGAUGCAGCGACAUUUGUUUCACAUACCUUACAAAGGGGUCGUAGGAACCUCUGGCACCUUACAACAAGCCGUGUGGCAGUGUUGCUUUCUUCUUCUGCAGUUUCUUCAACAAGCAUUCAUCAAUUUUUGAGAAAUUAUGAAGAUCUGAGUAUCUUCAUUCUGGCUGGGGAAGCUUUUUGUGGGAUAGAAGCUACUGAAUUUCGCCAGAAACUUAAAUCUAUUUGUGAAGGUUAUUUUGCUGCUUUCCAUCGUCAGAAUAUUUAUGCCCUAAAAAUGGUCAUGGAGAAGGAGAAUUGGCAGAUAAUGCCUCCAGAAACAAUUCAAGUCGUUAGUUUUCCAGGGCUGGUUGGUGAUGGAGCAGCUCUCAUUGUUUCAUCCAAUAGUUCUAGGGCAAGAUUACUGCAUGACAAUAAAUCAGUUGGUCCACUUGUUAGUGGGUCAAAGAGGGGUGGAUUUUCAUAUUGGCUGGAAAAUGGAAACCCAUUUCAAUUGAAAUUGAAUGGCAGUUCUGAGGAGUAUCCUGACUCCUUUCAUCCCAAUGGCUUGGCCACACAAGUAGCUGGAAAUACUGAUAAGAGAACCCAGCACACUAAAUCUUCCCUAAACAGUGGUGAUGUAAACCAUGUUAAUGGCACUACUCUUUCAGAAGAUGAAAAUGAAGAUCUCCAUGCAGAUUUUAUUGACGAAGAUAGUCAGCUUCCUAGUCGUAUUUCCAGACCAAGUCAUGCAAGGCAUCACUCUUCACAUGGGAAUAAUGAAGAUAUGACAGCACAGACAGGAUCUUCGCUUAGUCUCCUGAGAUUGCUGGACAAAUAUGCACGACUGAUGCAGAAAUUAGAGAUUGUCAAUGUUGAGUUUUUCAAGGGAUUUUGCCAGUUGUUUGAGAUCUUUUUCCACUUGGUAUUUGAAUCAUUCUGUGAACAUAAUACUCAACCUAGUGGAAAGGGCUUGAAUGACUCACUUCCUCACAAGCUGAAGACUGCAUUAUCAAGAAUUUCACAAGACUGUGACCAGUGGAUAAAACCUCACUCUACAUCAAUUUCUUCUUUUUCCCCAACAUCUUCGGGUGCAUCAUAUACGCAUAUGGAUGUCACACCUACCAGUCCGCCUAGUCACUUGAAUCACACAACUUUUGGACUGAAGGAAAGAUGUGCUGGUGCUGAUACUAUAACUCUUGUUGCUCAAUUAUUGCAUAGAUCUAAAGCCCAUCUUCAAUCAAUGCUUCUGCAGAACAAUGGAGCAGUAGUUGAGGACUUCUAUGUGCAUUUGGUGGAUGCUGUUCCGGAACUUACUCAGCACAUUUAUAGAACAACAGCGAAACUAUUACUCCACAUUAAUGGGUACGUUGACCGCAUUGCCAAUGCUAAAUGGGAGGUGAAAGAGCUUGGAAUGGAGCAUAACGGGUAUGUUGAUUUAUUACUGGGAGAAUUUAAGCACUACAAAACAAGGCUUGCUCAUGGGGGUAUACGGCAAGAGGUUCAAGACCUCCUCUUAGAAUAUGGCCUUGAAAAUGUUGCUGAAACUCUCAUCGAGGGCCUAUCUAGGGUGAAGAAGUGUACUGAUGAAGGGCGGGCGCUGAUGUCCCUGGAUCUUCAGGUUUUAAUAAACGGCCUAAAGCAUUUUGUCUCAAUUGAUGUAAGACCGAAAUUGCAGAUAGUGGAAACUUAUAUCAAGGCCUACUAUCUUCCAGAAACAGAAUUCGUCCACUGGUCACGUGCCCAUCCGGAAUAUAGUAAAAGUCAAAUAGUCGGGCUUAUCAACCUCGUUGCUUCAAUGAAAGGCUGGAAAAGGAAAACGAGGUUGGAAGUGUUAGAAAAGAUAGAAUGAUCCCAUGUUGUUGACUGCCUUUGAGCCCUAAAAAGUUUUGUGAUUCCUUCUCUUUUCCCUCUUUUCACCAUUUCAGAUGAUCCCUGUAAAUUGGAUCCUGUCUUCCAUUUUUUAUAGGAUCGGCUUGAGGUUGUAUAUCAUCUCAUUUGUAAUAUAUCAUCUUCCCUCAAAUGGGAAUGACUGUAAUUUUGAAACAAACAGUAUAACAAAUGAGGGCAUGAGUUCCUGUAAUUGAGUUCCUGAUUUAUUUCCGCUCACCUAUUUGACUAUACUUCCCUUUCCAA